AUGCAUCCGUCGUUGAUGGACAUGACUCUGGACGAUUUACAUCACGGCUUAGAAGGUGACUUCUUUACAUCGACCGAUCUCGUUCAGGCAUAUCUCAAGCGCAUCGAGGAAGUCAACGAUACCGUGAGAGCGAUAACUGAGCUAGAUUCAACAGCCCUGGAUCAAGCAAAGGCUCUUGAUGCUGAGCGAGCGGCUGGUAACAUCAGGGGACCCUUGCAUGGGAUACCUAUCCUCCUGAAGAAUCAAAUUGCGACGCAUAAUAUGAAUAAUACUUCUGGAUCUAUGGCUCUUGUUGGCGCCAAAACUGGUCGAGAUGCCGCGGUGGUCAAGAAGCUGAGGGAUGCCGGUGUUAUUACUUUGGGCAUCGCGAAUCUCACCCAAUGGGGCAACAACAGAAAUCCACCACAUGCCGGUAACGGCUGGAGCGCGGAUGGUGGUCAAUCGGUGGGCAUCUUCUUCAAAAAUCAGGACCCCUGGGGAAGCAGCACUGGCGCUGCCAUAGGCACAGCUCUGGGUCUUGCAUUUGCUAGACUGGGCACCGAGGUAGAAGGCAGCAUCACAUGUGUGGCUGAGAGAAGUAAUUUGAUUGGCCUCAAACCUACUGUCAGCCUUGUAUCAAGAGACCUGGUGAUACUUUCAAGACGACUGGGGUCCAUAGGCCCUAUCACGAGAUGUGUCAAGGAUGCAGCUGCGAUUCUAACUGCCAUCGCUGGGAAGUGUCCUAAUGAUCCUGCAACGGCUGCAAUUCCCUUCGAGACAAUCCCGGAAUACACUAAAUGUUGCACACUCGACGGACUACGAGGGGCCAGAAUUGGGGUUCCCAGAAACGCACUGAAGGGAAAUUCUCCUUGUGCAGAGCUCACUCCCGCUGUGUCACAGGCUUUCGAGGCCCAUGUUGAACUACUUCGGGAACUCGGGGCAACUGUCGUAAGCGACUGCCGUUUUGAAGGGUACGACGAAGCCCUGACCAGCAAGUCUGUCGCGGUUGUGAAAGGCACCGACUUUAAGCUUGAUUUAGCAGGCUAUUUGGAGAAGCUGGAGUACAACCCCAAUAAUAUCAGAAAUCUUGAGGAUGUGAUUCGCUGGACUCAAACCGACCCUCGAGAAGAAUACCCUUCUCGAGGGACUCAGGCCAUGGAAAACGCCUUGGAUGGCCUUGAUAACAGGGAAUGCGAAGAUUUCAAGGCAGCGUUAGAAUACAUGGAAUGGCUGGCCCAUGAAGGUGGAGUACGGGGGGCCCUUCAAAAGGACAACUUGGAUGCUCUCAUCCUACCAACUUGUGUGUCACCGAUUAUCCCAGCUCUUGGUGGAUACCCCAUCAUUACGGUACCUCUGGGAUUUUACCCAAAGGACACCGAAAUCAAAAUGUGCCCCCGUGGAGACAUGAUAGAGCGAGGUCCAAACUUACCUUUCGGACUUAGCUUCAUUGGAGACCUAUUCUCGGAAGACAAACUCAUCAAGUACGCCUAUGCAUUUGAGCAGCAUACUCAAAUUAGAAAACAAGGCAGACCUAUUCUCGCACCGAAAACUGAACUUUCUUGGGUAUCUCAUUCGUCGUCCUAUGUGGCAAAAUGUCUAUACCGUCAACUGGCGAGAGCUUAUCUUAUCCUUAUCUCUUUAUCUUAUCCUUAUCCAUAUCAGGUGACACAAUUCAACCCGGUGUUGAUUAGAAGAGACACUCCUUGCGACAUAACCUCGGCUACACUCGAGGAAAUGCCACCAGAUCGGGGUCGAGCCUCCCGCGCAUGCACCUCAUGUCGCAAACAAAAGACAAGAUGCUACGAACCCGGCAUCCCAGGACGAGCAUGUCUCCGCUGUGAUCGACUACGACAAAGCUGCUCACUCAUGCGAAUCGACAUUUCAGACGAAGAAUCCGUGGCCCCCGCACAAACGGGCACGGAUGUACGUUUGGAACGUCUGGAGAAAAGUGUAGCUACUCUUCUCGAUCGACUGGGCGAAGGGCCCAGCAUUGUUCGAGAAGCUAGUAGAGCUGCUACUGAGCAGGCGAGUCCGGCCUCGUAUAAGGAUACGGAAACCUCCGCUCCAAUGAUGGUCAUCCGUGAUCUGGCAUCGGAUCACGGCAUUAAACCGGCGUCCGAUGCUCGGUCACUGCCGGUCGUUUUGGAUAACCUUAUUUCCCCGGAACUUGGUCUGGAGCUGGUUACAAUUUUUUUGGAAUAUUAUGGAAGAUGGGUGCUCUUCGAUCCGGAGUGUGAGCCAACUGAACUUCUCCGCCAAGUCAAGAAAUCCACUCUGUUAUUUUGCGCCUGCUGUCUGAUCGCCGUGCGGCACACUUCCGAAGAAUUGGCGGCGAAUCUCGCCCCCCAGCUCUGCGAGUAUGCGCGCUCGCUGGUGUCGACCACGCUUUUGGUUGCUCCGCAGCCAAUUGAGUUUUUUCAAGCCACUUUGAUAUUGUCAAUGUGGUCAACUACCGUCGGGCAGGUGCCGUUGAGUAUUGACAGCUGGCUGUUGAGCGGGUUUGCAUUACAGCAUGCACAAUCGAGUCCGUUGUUUACGACGGUUACGACUCAAUCACCUCCUCCAAAUAGAAUUGAUGGGGAGAUGAUGGAUCAUUGUUAUCUGUGGAAUCACCUUUGUCUUGCCCAUAUGCAUUAUUGCGUCGGCACUAGCCGACGGUCUAUGCUACAGCAGUGGCAAAUUGAAAGAUGUCGGGCGAUAAUUGCCUCAGACCAUGCAAUCAACUUUGAAGUACGUAUGGUCGCGGAAAUCCAUUUAUACUGGACGGUCUAUGAGUAUUUGAUUCAUGAAUCGGUCGAUCUGCUCAAAUCAGUUGCUGCUUUGCAGACUUGGCGGAGGAAGUGGGAAUUUGUUCUCGAGCAACCAAGAUCCCAAUUCCUCUCGAUGGGCUUCCAUUUCUCCCAUCUGCUCCUUUACGAGCUGUCCCUGAAGUCGAAGUCUGCUCGAUCCCGGGAAUCCGUUGUCUCUGAAAUGAUUCGACAUUCCACGUCAAUCGUGCAUCUGGCCAUGGAAACAGUCGAUGAACGCACACGCCAUCUCACUGAUCACAUUUACCACAUGAUAACAUUUGCUGCUAUCGUCAUCUGCCGCCUAUUGAAUGGCUACCGUGAGCAGGUAGCCUCGACUCACGACGUGGACCAAUUAGAUUCAUUGAUUCAUGACCUUGUGCAAUGGCUCUACUGUAUCGGCCUACCUUGUCAUGCAGCGCAUACACUGGGAAACAUCAUUUCCAAAGUACACCAAAAAUUGCGACCUCGCGUGGAGGCCACGCCACCAGCUACCCAGCCUGAUGAAACACUCGGCGAAUUCAACAAUUACUACUUCCCCGAGUUUCUGGGACUAGGAAUGUCUUCUGAUGGGAAUUGGGAUCUUCUUUCGAAUAUGGGACUCUUUCCACCAAGUCCGUCCAUUCCGAGGCCUGACUGA